AUGGGAUCCACAUACGAAGCUAUUAAAAAAUUUGUACAUAAAAUCAUCGAUGAAAAUAAAAUUGCUGUAUUUUCAAAAACUGAAUGCCCAUAUUGCGUUAAAGCAAUAUCCAUUUUAAAAGGAUAUAAUCCUAAUGUGUAUGUAGAGCAAAUUGAGAAAAACCCUAAUAUGGCAGAUAUCCAAUCAUAUUUCAAGGAAUUAACUGGAAAAAGUUCCGUACCAAGAAUAUUUAUUAACAAGGAAUUUGUCGGUGGAUGUGAUGACUUGGUCAAGGAAAACGAAACCGGAAAACUUCAAGAGAGACUCAAGAGCAUCGGAAUGAUUAACUAG